UGCCAUUUUGUCUCAGAGCUGUUUCGGACUGUGAACUCUGUCUUGUUUUUCGAAAUUAGGAUUAUUCACCUUUGGAACAGCUUAAAUUUUUUUUUUUUUUUUAUUGUGUCAAUUUUUGGGUCGAGGGUUUGGUUCUCGCCUCAGGUCUGUGUGUCGGUUCUCCAUAUGCUUGUGGAUUUCCUCCGGGUACUCUGUUUUUUUUCCCACAGUCCAAAGACAUAUAGAGUCAUGUCUGUGCCUCCCUGGAGAAUCCGACUGAGUUUGACGUGGCUGUUGUUGCUGUACUUCGCUCAACGGUGCAACUCGCGGCCCGAUCCACGCCAGCGAGAUGCUCUUAUAGAGAUGGAGGAGAGAAUAGCGAUAGGUGGUAGCGUGGUCCUAAACAGCACGGAAAAGAUCCUUAAUCAAAAACUUUACCAGAUAAAGCAGAAGGAAAUGGUGGCUCCAGACUUCCCCCCUGCCAUGCACUUCUUUAAAGCAAAGUCUUUAAUAGAUGCAAGUCCAGUCUUCAGAUUUCUGCAGAAGAUGCCCAAGGGUGGAGCUCUACACGUGCAUGACUUUGCCAUGGUGGGGGCCGAAUGGCUUGUAAAAAACGCUACCUACAGGGAGAACUGUUACGUGUGCUUCACCAACGCUGGCUCCGUGCGCUUUGUGUUUUCUUCAGUACAGCCUGAAACAGGCUCUCAAUGCUCAACGUGGGUUCUGCUACAGACUAUGAGGGAGAAAAUCAAUGCCACUGAACUGGACAACAGCUUUAUUCGAAACCUGACGCUGGUUACAGAGGACCCAGACACAGAUUACCCCAACCAAGAUGUUAUAUGGGAGAGGUUUGAAGAAUCAUUCUGUGCGGCGUACGGGCUGGUCACGCAUGCUCCGGUCUUUAAGGAAUAUCUUUACGAAGGUUUAAAGCAGUUCUAUGCUGACAACGUUAUGUACGUUGAAAUCCGAGCUCUUCUCCCACAUACUUACGAGCUUGACGGCAGCAUUAACAGUAGAGACUGGAGCAUGGAAGCUGUUCGAGAGGUGAUCCAACGUUUCAGGGCUCAGCAUCCAGACUUUUUUGGAGCCCGAAUAAUUUUUACCACCCACAGAGGCUUGAAUUUAACACAAGCAGAAACCGUGAUAAAGGAGGCCAUGAAGCUGCAGGAUGCCUUUCCAGACAUCAUGGCAGGCUUUGAUUUUGUGGGUCGCGAAGACGGUGGAAAUCCUCUCUGGAAUUUUAAGGAUGCUUUGGGGCUGCCGGGGGAGCAUGGCGUCUAUCUCCCAUACUUCUUUCAUGCAGGAGAGACCGAUUCACAGGGCACAGAAGUAGAUCAAAACAUGAUGGACGCUCUGCUCUUUAACACCUCUCGGAUCGGACACGGCUUUGCGAUGGCACGCCACCCUGUGGUCAAAGAGCUUGCCAGGAAGAUGAAUGUAGCACUGGAGAUUUGCCCCAUCUCUAAUCAGGUCCUGAAGCUGGUCUCAGAUCUGCGGAACCAUCCUGCGGCCAUACUCAUGCAAGAGGGUUUUCCCAUGGUGAUCAGCUCAGACGACCCAGCUCUGUUCGGAGCGACUCCUCUCUCACACGACUUCUACCAGGCUUUUAUGGGCUUAGGUGGAGUUAAAUCCAAUUUAGCCACGCUGAAAGAGCUUGUGUUAAACUCUUUGAGGUACAGCUCCUUGUCUCCGGAUUUGAAGAAAGAAGCCAUCGAGGCAUUACUAGUGAAGUGGGACAAGUUUGUUUCAGAGGCUUUGCUGUGACCUUGGUGCAGAAAUGGAGAAACGCUUUAAACACACAAGUGGAAAAUGUUCUGAUGUCAUUGCCAAUUUGGUUUUCUGUUAAUACUUUACUUAAUCUACUAAAUAAUGAACAAAUUUCAAGUAGAUAUAGACGUUUGAAUUAAAUUAUUAUUGUUAUUUUAAUUUUUUUUUUGUAACUGGAUAUGUGAUAUUUGUCCUGCUUGAGAAUAACAAGAAAAAAAAGUUUUAUUUGGAGAUGUCAGUAAGGCUACUUUAAGACUUUUAAGCACUUAGAGCGCCCUCUGCUGGACAAUUUCAUUUGCUGACCUUAAUCUGUGCCACAUUUCACUCUCCAUUUUGGUAGUGAGAUAAAAAUAGACAUGACUGACAAUAAUCAAAGAGCCGCACUUUUCUUUCAGAACUUUUGAAAUUAAUUUAAUUUAGUUUUACAAACAUUCAAGUAUUUUUCUGUAGUACAAGUAAACCACUGCAGACGUACAAUUGAUUAUGUUGAAAGAUAUUAUGUUUCAGUUUUGGGCAUAAUCAAAAUGCUGUUUUAUGAUAACGAUCAACGCCAGCAAUAUUUUUUCUUCUUUUUAUUGAAAACAACAAGACAAAUAAUUUGCUUAUUAUCAUGUUACUGAGAAAGCAGGAAGUGUAAAUCCCUGCAUCAGUACAAAAGAAGUUACAACUUGCAAAGUGCUGGCACUGGAGACUGCUUCCCUAAACGCUACUUCCAGAAUACUGCACCAGAGCAAUGUCGGCACAUUCUUGUUGUUCAAUAACAACACAUUUAAAAAUGUUAUCUAUUCACUGCUGGACUUGAACUUGAUAGUCAAUAUAAGUACACAGUUAAAUGGUAGCGUAAAAAUGUUACAUUAGUUUUUGAAGUGCAUUAAUAUCGUACCUGUGAUUUAUAGCUGCACCAUUGUCACAGCUACUGUUAUAGAAAUUGACCAAUCAGGAUCAAGGAUUCAUCUCCACAUAUCCUGGAGAAAACUACAGUUAACAAGAUUUAAUCUUACAGUAUCUGUGAAGCUUUUUAAUGAUCACUUUUAACCACUUGCAUGUUUAUUUAUUUAGUUUAUUUUCAUUUAUUUAAUUUUUUCGCUGUGUGUGUGUGUGUAUUGUAUGUUUUUUUGUUUGAUUGCAUUCAAAUUUUGUAAAUUGUUUGUAAAUGUUGUAUGGGCAAUCUCAGGGACACUGAAGAGACAUGGUGCUUGAAGAUGAUUUUCUGAUCAUUCACUCUGAUUCAACAAUCUGAUCAUUUUAAUUUAUAUAUAUUUUCACACACAUCACAAACUAAUUUUCACUUGAUUCUGUGAAGCUGCUUUGUGAAAAUGACCAUUGUUAAAAGAACUAUGUAAAUAAAAUCAGAUUGAAUUCACAUAAUCAGUGAUGUCAUA